CUGCAUCCGACUUCGAAAGACUUGCGGUCGCGAAGAGCUGUCAUUUUUGCAUUUGCAUUCAACUCACCAAGACAACCAGCCUCAUCAUGACCACUGCUGCUGACCACGUUCCUACCUACCCUUCCGUGGACUACGCGUCGUUUUCGGACGACCAGUUGGAUGCGUUCCACACUUCUCCCGACCUUCGGCUCUUCAGCAACAUCAACUGUCCGUACGGCCAACGGGCACUUUGGACUGCCCUUGAAGUGAACGCGCCAUUCCAAGUCGUCGAAGUGUCGUUGGCGAACCAGCCAGACAGCUACGGCGAAAAGUUUAACCGGUAUGGCACGGUGCCGUAUCUCUUGGAUAACGGGUUUGCAGUAUACGAGUCUGCGAUCGUGGCCCAGUACUUGGACGCCAAGUUCAACCAAGGGCGGUUGCAUCGAAAGGAUGAUGUCCAAGCCGCGACGCUGGUCCAGCUAGUGAUUGCCCAGUUUGAAGCUCGUCCGUGGUACCAGUACUUGCGCACGGGCGACGAAAAGGCCAAGGAACAAGGCGUCGAGAUUCUCAAGGAACUGGAAACGAUCUUCACCGUCAACGCCAAAGCGUACCGCGACCAAGGCCCGUACUUACUUGGCGCAGAAUUGAGCAGUGCCGAGAUCAACCUGUUUCCGUUCUUCUACCGGCUUGACGUGUUGCUCGGCCAUUACCGUAAACUGGACUUUUUGGCCGACUUCCCCGCCCUCAGAGCCGCGUUCGACGCUGCCAAGGCCCGCAAAACGUUCCAGCAAACCAUCCGCACGCCCGAGUACCUCAUCCAGCAAUUCGCCCCGCACUUCAACCCUACCCCAUAAAUCAAGACGAAUAUAUCAUCGAUGUUGGAGCGUGCUAAAGAAUGGGCUGAUACAGUGGGCUGCUUUGUAGUUAGUACCGUACAUCAGUUGAUGUGAGGAACCCUGAUCAGUAUUAGGACUGCCUCACCUACAGCUCAUUCACAUGGUCGUAAGAGGAUGGCCCUACCCUUUCUUCCACUAACUCAUGACCAAAAGUCUGC